UCAUUCAAUGAGUACAUUGUAGCUGUAAAAUGCAUGUCCUACGCCGGUGACCAGAGUUAAAGGUUUUGCAAUAUAAAAAGGAACGAAAAAUUCGACAUACUGUGCAAUCGUUUCAAGUAUUCCGCCGAGAACGCAUAAAAUGACUCUGACAAUUGUGAUCCUUGCUGCCGCUUUGGCUGUAUCGAAUGCUGUUGCCAUUGGAUAUCCCGGCCCGCUGCCAGCGCUGCGACCAGCUUAUCCGUAUCCAGCCAUAGCGAAGGUAGCAGCUCCAAUCGUAGGGGAUUAUGAUCCCAAUCCCCACUACAGUUACAGCUAUGCAGUUGCGGAUGCUGUUACUGGUGAUAACAAAAGUCAACAGGAAUCACGCUCGGGUGAUGUUGUGACCGGUUCAUACUCUCUCAUCGAACCGGAUGGUACCCGGCGCGUAGUGGAGUACACCGCGGACCCCGUCAACGGUUUUAACGCUGUCGUUCAUCGCGGGGCAAUUGCAGCUAAGGUGGUAGCUCCCGUUGCCAAAAUUGUCUCUCCUUAUGGGUACCCGGCAGGACCAAGAUUUGGACCUUUAGCUCAUCCAUUGGCACAUCCACUAAUCGGUUAGAACGCUAUCAAUAUUGGUUCUUAGUACUAUUCUGUUAUACCAUUUUGACUGUAAGAAACUGAAAAAGGCUCGUUGCUUGGAUUGAAUAAAUAAGAUAUCUAUAA